CAAUAAACAGUGUAGUGGUUGAAUGGGCGCAAUUUCAGUGUUUGUGUCUGGGUCUAAAUGGAGAGUUGUCUGUGGUGUUACCAGUUUAAACAAAUGUGAAGUUUAACCAACUAAACCGAGUUACAACUAAGCGGUGGGAUAAACAGCGCCAGCCUGCACCUGAAGUCGCGAGCAAUGUUAGGAAACGGUCUACCACCUUAUGAAGAGAGCUCGUGCUGUUAGCCAGCUAUCAGUUGCUAACUCAGCUGCUUCCCAACAAUGUCUGGUCUUCCACAAAAUAACUUGAGCGAACAGCUGGCCAGGCACAGUAAUGCUGCCCAAAGCAAGCUGUCACUGGCGAAGCCCAAAGCGGGGGCCUUCUCGUUCAAGAAGAAGUCCUCAACAGGUACAACUAAAGUGGAAUUUCCUACCAAGCUUGAAAGACCACAAAAAUCCAAAAUCAACAGCUUCUUUCCUGUAAGUUCAAAAUGCCCGUCCGACUCUCCAGCAUGUCCGACCCCCCCAGCAGAGUCUGGUAAUAAAGUGACUGUGCCCUCAACCAAAGCUGACACUGAGUUAUGCCGUGGCAGUGGAGUCAAUGCCGCAAGUUUGAAUCUGUCUGGAUUUCCUAUGGAUGAUUGGGAUGAUUUAGAUGACUUUGAAACACCAACCAGAACAAAAAAUGACUCGCUCUGCUCAGACGUUUCAGGAAAGACCACCAAGCCAUUGUCAAGUCCUAAUGAAGAGUUCCCAGAAUUCACAUGUAGCAGCAACGCUUAUGAUGCAAAACCAGAGAUGAGCAACAAGAAAUGCGACCAGACUGGUGAGCUGGAGCAUAGUGUCAACAAAGCCACAGUUUCUCCAGUACCUAGUUUGACUCGGGAACCAUCAGAGUAUGAAGUGGCCGAUUCGCCAGUUAAAAUGAGACGCAGAAAUGUUGUAAGGCCUGUAUCAAGUGAUGGCGAAGAGGACACGUCAGACUGUUUCGGAGAUGGAAAAGACAUGAACAAAAAAUGGAUUGAUCCAAACGUGAUAGAACUUAUUGACAACUCGGACCCUGAAGAUGACCUAGAUUUUGUUCCCCCCUCACCUGUGCCUGAUGAAGUAUCUUACACAAGGUCUGCAGUGGAGAUAAGAAACAGCACAACUGCUGCUCAAAGUAGAACGAAUCCUGUUCAGUUAAAGGGUUCUACUAAAUCUGUGCAUGAGCCUUCUGAUGUCCACUCAAAAGACAAAAUGAAUGAGCAGCUCUUCAGUAUCAUGGAGUCUAUUUGUGCUCUGGUUGAUUCCGUCCCUGAACAUGAACUAAUUGCUUUAUCCUGUGGGGACGAGCUUUUACUGAAGCGGGCUCAGAGGAAGAGGAUUCUUGCUACUGGUGGAGACUCUUCUUUCAGGAUGCAGCAGCCAGACAGCACAGUCAUUUCUGAGUCUAGCUUUAAAGAAGCUUCUUAUUCAAGCUCCGGUACACCUACAAACAGCUCUUUGCCUGUGGAGUCAAAAAGACAUCCGCAGCCCAAGAGACCCUCUGUUGUUCCUUUGGACUAUGACUCUGAUCACUCUGUUGUUAGCAGUUUAAACCGUUUUGCCAGGAAGGAAACCAGGACAAUAUGUGUAGAGAAUGAGAGUUUUUUUGACUCUCCAUCAGCCCACAGCUCCAAACAGCCACCUUUUACCGUCCCUGAUAAAUCAGGCACUGACCUCGAUGAUUCUGAUCUCUUCUUCUCUGCCAAGAAACCAGGGGCAGUUGUGCAAAAUAAAUCCGAAACCCCAACUUAUACUGCCCCACGAGAAGCAGAGGCAGACGACUUUUAUGUUGAUGACUUUGACAUAGAUGACUUCAAUGACUCGGACAUCCCUGGCUACUUUGACGAGCCACCAACUUCAUCAGUGUCGAGUCAAAAGUUCAGCACUGUGACUACAACAGUGAAAGAAGGGGGAUCGUCAUGGGAGAAGAAAUCAGUGACACCUGUUUCUACACCGAAAACUCCAAAGAUGUGUUCCCUAGAGCCCACUUUCAAAAACCCAGUCCAUGAUCGCUUCAGAGGGUUUAACUUCCCCCACUCACAAGAGAUGAUGAAGAUCUUUCAUAAGCGAUUUGGUCUUCAUCAGUUCAGGUUUAAUCAACUGGAAGCAAUAAAUGCUACAAUCCUAGGAGAGGACACGUUUGUUUUGAUGCCCACAGGGGGCGGCAAAAGUUUGUGCUAUCAGCUGCCUGCCUGCAUCUCACCAGGAGUAACUGUUGUAAUUUCCCCUCUUAAAUCACUUAUUGUAGACCAGAUCCAGAAACUCACCACACUAGAUAUUCCAGCAACAAGUCUGUCGGGUGAUAAAAGUGACAGUGAAGCUGCGAGGAUAUAUAUGCAGCUUUCCAGGAAAGACCCCAUCAUUAAACUGCUGUAUGUCACACCAGAGAAGGUGAGUGCAAGUAACAGGUUAAUUUCAGCCCUGCAGAACCUGUAUGAGCGACGCCUUCUGGCCCGCUUUGUGAUAGACGAGGCACAUUGUGUCAGUCAGUGGGGCCACGAUUUUCGUCCAGACUACAAGAGGUUGCACGAAUUGCGUCAUAAGUUUCCUAACGUGCCAAUGAUGGCCCUGACAGCCACCGCAACCCCCCGUGUGCAGAAAGACAUCCUCAACCAGCUGAACAUGACGCGGCCACAAGUAUUCACCAUGAGCUUCAACAGAGUCAACCUCAAGUACUAUGUGCUGCCCAAAAAACCCAAAAAGGUUGACGAGGACUGCAUCAGCUGGAUCAAGAAGCACUACCCACGUGACUCUGGCAUUGUGUACUGCCUGUCUCGUAACGACUGUGACACCAUGGCAGAGAGUCUGCAGAGAGCGGGCAUAUUGGCUCUUUCCUACCACGCUGGACUGAGCGAUGGCGACAGGGAAUACGUCCAGACCAAAUGGAUCAAUCAGGAUGGCUGCCAGGUCAUCUGUGCCACCAUAGCCUUUGGCAUGGGUAUUGACAAGCCGGACGUGCGCUACGUGAUCCACGCUAGUUUACCCAAAUCAGUGGAGGGAUACUAUCAGGAGUCGGGGAGAGCUGGCAGGGAUGGAGAGAUCUCCCACUGCAUUCUCUUCUACUCAUACACUGACGUCCACCGCAUCAAGAGGAUCAUCAGUAUGGACAGAGAAGGUGACAGACACGCCAAGGCCACUCAUUUCAACAACCUACACAGCAUGGUGCAAUUCUGUGAGAAUUUGUUGGAGUGCAGACGAAUUCAGCUGCUGGCGUACUUUGGGGAACUGACCUUUAACAAAAGCUUCUGUAAAGAGCAUCCUGACGUCAGCUGUGACAACUGCUACAAGCCCAACCAAUACAAGAUUAGGGACGUGACUGAGGAUGUGAAGAAGAUUGUCAGGUUUGUCCAGGAGAACUGUGAGAACGUUGGAUCUCGUUGCGGCAGGAUGGGCCAGCAGAUCAGGCUGACGCUCCACAUGCUCGUAGAUAUUUUCAUAGGGUCCAAAUCUGCCAAGAUACAGAAGGGAAUGUUUGGGAUGGGAGGAGCUUACUCCCGGCACAAUGCUGACCGUCUCUUUAAGAAACUGGUCCUGGAAACCAUCUUGGUGGAAGACCUCUACUUCACCAACAAUGGCCAGACUGUUUCUUACACAUCUGCUGGACCAAAGGCCAUGAACGUAUUGUCUGGGCACAUGCAGGUGGAGUUUUAUGAGACAGAAAGCGCAUCAAGCAUCAGGAAACAAAAAGCUGCGGUAUCUAAGAAUGUCUCCCAGAGAGAGGAGAUGGUUCAGAAGUGUCUGAAGGAGCUGGCAGAUCUGUGUAAACAGCUGGGCAAAGCGUUUGGCAUUCACUAUUACAACAUUUUCUCCACGACCUCGUUGAAGAAAAUAGCUGAAAAACUUUCCUCUGAUCCCGAAGUCCUUUUACAAAUUGAUGGUGUGACAGAGGACAAACUGGAGAAGUACGGAGCUGAAGUCAUUCAGGUGCUACAGAAAUAUUCUGAGUGGCAGCUACCCGCAGAGGAGCAGUCUGAGAGCGCUGGAGACGGGUGGAUAGACACAACAAGAGGCCACACAUAUGAAGAUGAGGAUGAGUCCUCCACCUACUUCCCUAAUCAGGCUGCUCAGGGACAGAAGAGAAAGAAAGCUCCAUUCUUCAAAUAUGCAAAGAAGAGAAAAGGAUAUGGCAACGGAAGCUCCAGUUCCAAAGGUCGCGGUUCACAAAGCGCAGGUCGAGGGUCCAGGAGUUCAGCGGGAGGUGCUCCAGCAGGCAGACGUCCAGGAGUCUUGUCUGCUCCGAUGCCUCAAAGCAACAAGCGGCCCUUCUUAAAACCCACCUUUUCCCACAUGACGUAAGGACUCUUCAGGCAGAAAGCUGCUGCUUUGCUGCACUUAUGAACCUGUAUCCACUCUCUAAACCAGAACUUUUUACUAAAACUGCGUUCAAGUUGUGUACAGCCAUCACAUUGUAUCUCCACUGAUCUAUUCAAUCUGUACAAAUUGUGAAAUUUAACGUUCAUUCCCUCACUGACUGUCGCACAAUUCUUUUCUUUAUAUUAAAGUCAGAUUUAAAUUA